AUGCUUGACAGUUUAGUCAGGCUACCACAUUCAAAAGUCAGCAGCAUCCAGGACGAAGCAGGAAAAAGUUUGACAGAGGAGAAGGACAUCAUCAAACGAUGGAUAGAAUAUUGCUCCAAACUCUACAACCACCCGAUACAGGGAGACCCUGAGGAUCUGAGCGUCCCUGGACUAGAUCUGGCAAUCAGGGCAUUGGCCAUCUUCGUGGACUCACUAGUUAUCACGCUGCCAAAGAAGGGAAACCUUCAGCUAUGCUCCAACUACAGAACCAUCAGUCUCAUCAGCCACCCAAGCAAAGUGAUGCUCAAGGUCCUACUGAACAGACUGAAACCGCAGGCAGAAAACAUCAUAGCCAAGAAACAGGCUGGUUUUAGAGAGGAAAGGAGCACUACUGAACAGAUCUUCAAGCUGAUCAUUCUAUGUGAGAAGUUAACACCAGAAACCUGCGAGUGGUUCCAGACAACAGUCGGAGUGAGACAAGGCUGCCUCCUCUCUCCAACACUGUUCAACAUCUUCCUGGAGAGAAUCAUGACUGAAGCCCUGGACGAACAUGAAGGAUCAGUCAGCAUCGGGGAUCGGACCAUCACAAACCUUCGAUCUGCUGACGAUAUAGAUGGAUUAGCCGGAGAAGAGCAGGAACUCAGAGACUUCGUCAACCGUCUGAACACAACAUCUACCGAGUACGGAAUAGAAAUGAGUGCAGAAAAGACAAAGAUAAUGCCCAACAAUCCCCACGGCAUCAUCUCGGACAUUACCAUCAAAUACCUGAGGGUUGCCAUAUCAGAUGAAGGAUCAGGUCCAGAGAUCAGGACUAGAAUAGCCCAGACCACAGCCACACUUGCCAAACUGAAACCUAUAUGGAAGAACAAAAAUGUGACUGAAAUCAAAGUUAAGACUAUCUCUAACUUCCUCUACGCAUGCGAGUCAUCGACUCUCAUAGCUGAGUUAGAGAGGAAAAUCCAGGCUGUGGAAAUGCGGUGCUACAGGAGGACACUGGGCAUCAGCUUCAGAGUCCAUGUGACAAAUGAAGCAGUGCGCAAAAUCAUCACAGAUCAACCGUCAGAAGACGAAAACUACAGUGGUAUGGCCACGUCAGGAAUGGUCAAGACCAUUCUCCAGGGAACAGUUAAAAGUGGCAGAAGGAGAGGCAGACGGAAAAAGAAAUGGAUAGACAACAUCAAGGAAUGGACGGACGCUGACUUUGCCUCUACCCAAGUCCAGUCCAAGGAUCGAGAGCAGUGGAGGGAGCUGUCCACUCCAGACGCGCGUCCAUCGGUAACCGUUUAUGCACUUGGAUUUGGACCUCCCUUGCUGUUCCUGAGAUAUCAUCCACGUAUCCAUUUGUUUUGCUGCCGUCCGAGCCGACCACCGCCCAUCUGCGCCCCGAUUCUGCUUCCCUCCGUUUCCUGCGAUGCAGACUGUAGCCGCAAGAGCAGCCUCAGCAUGGCAGGGGCGCCGCAUGUUUUCACGCGUGGUUCCAAUUACAUCGAAAAAAAGAACACACUAAAUAUGCGCAAUGGGGAGAUUCCGGUAUAA